CUCGCCAGCUCUGGUCCACCCGGCAGAGGUCUGCGCAGAGGUGACAGCUGGACGCGGCCCUGGGGACAUACUCCGGCCUCCGCCCAGACCCGGACUAUUUGGGCCCUAAUUACCUGUGACUUGAUAGAAAUAAGCAGGCAGGUUGAUGACAUUUGAAGAUAUGCGUUUGGAAGGAAUUGAUCGCAGACAGGUUGAACAGCAAAAUAUUUCAGCAGGCUGCACCCAGCCUGUCCCCAGAACGGCGGGCACUUGGAGCGGGGACCGGGUGUGGUCCCCUGUACUGACAGCGCCGCCUCGCUGGGCUGAGGUCCGAUUCCAGGCAGACCAGCACGUUAGAGCCCAUGUCUCCCAGCCCCCCGAGCCGCCGUUACUGUUGUUACUAGGGGACCCUCUGGCCAAGCUGCAGAACAAGCUCAGGUGACAAGUUCUCCGGGGUCGCUGCCCCUUGGCCUCCAGGCCCCUCUGACCUGCCCCUGGCUGCCCACCUGUCCUAGAAGGUCACGCCUGUCACUAACAGGUGUGAGAAGCCCUGGGUCACUAGUGGUCACCCUUCAGCCACCGCCUCCGGCGUCCCCCACCUCAUCCAGCGGCCGCCUCUCCCCAAGCCUCUUGUGUCCCACGGGUCCGCACAGCUCCCUGAGAAGCCGUGGCUUCUCCCCUGCAUCUAGAUUUCUGCCCUGGGGUGUUUGUGGGCAUCUGGCAAGUCUGCAGCCAUUUUUCCUGCAGUCUGGGACUCUCCCCAAAGGCUGAGGGGCUGCGGAGGAGCGGACGGCUCCAGAGUCCCCUGGGCACCAAGGCAUGGGGUGUCCGUGGAGUCCUGGUGGGAGCUGGCCGUUCAUGUCCGUGGCUGCCAAGGAAGCGAGUGGUUUGCCUGGCGGUGUAGACAGAAGAGCCUCCAAGCGUAGAGAAGGAGGGGGCCCCCUCUGCCUAGAGACGUGCUUCUUUUCCCCAACACGACGCUUUAGGAAGGACACGGACGGGCUGGGUUGAUCUCAGCCGUGUCAGGAGGACGGUGGAUGUGCCCUGGAGCAGUGAGGGCUGGCAGGGCGAGCAGGCAGGGAGGUUUCCGGGGGGCACAGGAGCGGGGCUUCUGACAAGCUGGUGUGUGGGAGAGGAAGGGCCCCUUCGGUGUGACCCCUGAGUUAUCGAAGGUCCGCGGGUCAAAGGCCCCAGCAGAACCGUGUAGCAGUGACUCAGACGGAGCUCACCCAGGAGACAGGACCUCUCCGUUGGAGGGACCCAGGCACAGGCCGGCGGAAGCGUGGCCAUGUCCGCGGGGCUAAACUCAGCACGAUCUUGCCGUGAAUUCCUAAGAUAACGGGUGCAUCAGCUCUGUGGGUCCCCAGCGUGUGGGAAGGUGUGGCUCCCGCACUGUGCUGGGCGGAGGUUUAGGGGCUUAUUCUUCAUCUCUGCUUCUGCAUUGUCUCCUCGCACCUACCCCCGGGAGGGUCUGGGUAACGGGCAGCAUUUCAGAAGCCUUCUCAAAUCCCUGAGAGAUUAGCCCGGGGCGCUGUUACACGUUAGUGACUUGAUGCACUCAACCCAGUGGUAAUCAUUUGCCACGUGAGCAAAUGUAAGAGUGAAUUUUUUAAAAAUUUGAGAUGACACAGAUGCUCCCUGCUCCGUGGGGGUUUUCUCCCAUGUCGAGGCUUGGUGGGAAGUCCAGCACUCAUGUCUCGGGGCAAGUCCUCAGCAGAUGCCCUUCGAGGACUCGGGUCCCUGGGUUCCGCGUGCUCCCAGGCGCACGGCAAACCUCCUCCUGCUUCAGGACCUGAAGGGCGACAUCAGAGUCCUCUGUCGGAUCCGCCCUCUGCUGCCCUUCGAUGACAAGGCUCAGGAGCCGGUCUCACGGAACAGCUCCGUGUCCGGAGGCGUGGUCCACGCAGUCGAUGACGAAACCGUCCUGGUGGAGUGCACCCGGCCUGGCCACCCUUUGAUUAAUAAGACAUAUACGUUUGAAAGAGUUUACGGCCCAGCAGCAUCUCAGAGAGUGGUGUUUGAAGAUGUGUGUCCCCUUCUUACGUCCUUCUUGGAUGGGUACAACGUCUGCAUCAUGGCUUACGGGCAGACGGGAAGCGGGAAGAGCUUCACCAUGCUGGGCCCGCAUUGCCAGGAGGAGCCGGCCCUGCCGUCGGAACCCUGCGGCGACGCGGGCAUCAUCCCCAGGGCGGCUGGAGAGCUCUUCAGGCUUAUUUCAGAAGAUGCGUCACGGAGCCCCGAGGUGGACAUUUCCAUAGUGGAAGUUUAUAACAAUGACAUUUUUGACCUUCUGGCUAACGACAGUGGUCGAGUGGCAUCUGGGGUGAAGCGACAGGUGCUGACGACCCAGCAGGGGAAGAAGGCGGUCUGCGGGCUGACCUACCAGUCGGUCCGCAGUGCCGCGGAGUUCCUGACGCUUGUGGGCAGGGGUCUGCAGCUGCGGGCGAAGCAGCCCACUGCGGUGCAUGCCGAGUCCUCCCGAUCUCACCUGGUGAUAACCGUGACCCUGGCCACAGCCACCUCCUCCCGUGGUCCCAGCGGGCGGCCCUCCGCACCCGCCCCGCAGUCAGAUCAGUCAGCGUCCACAGAGCCCUGCCGGCCUGGACCGCGGUCGCCGGCAACCAGGAAGAGGCAGAGCCCACCCGUGCCCCCGAGGACCCGCGGGCAUGGACUCGGGCAGGUGGCCCCGGACCCCCUGGGGCAGGUGCACGCCACCCUGCAGCUUGUGGACCUGGCGGGCAGCGAGUGUGCGGGUGUGUCUGGAGUGACGGGGCCAGCCCUGAGGGAGACUUCUUGCAUAAACCGGAGCCUGGCGGCCCUCUCGGACGUCCUGGGGGCGCUGGCGGAGGGCAGAGGCCACAUCCCCUACCGGAACAGCCGGCUCACCCACCUGCUGCAGGACGUGCUUGGAGGUGACGCCAAGUUACAGGUGAUCGUGUGCGUGUCCCCAGGCCAGAGGCACGUGGCCGAGACGCUGCAGAGCCUGGGGUUUGGCGCCCGAGCGAGGCAAGUGGAGCGAGGCCGUCCAGCCCCCAGAAAACUCAGGUGAAGGAGAGGUGGCGCGCUCAGGGC